AGAGGGCCAGAGGAGGGGAAGGGACUGCAGUCCUGGAACGCUUUGGGGAGUCAGGACCCUAAGUAACAAGACCUGGCAUUGGUGGAAAGUCUAGACUGGCAGACGCUGCCAACCGCUCAGUGAGCGCAUUCAUUUAUCUGGGAAGAGAGAAGAGAGAGGAGAGGGAGAGAGUUCACCGCGAAGUGGAUGGAAGGGGAGCCGGAACUAUGGCACUGAGACCGGCGCAGAGCAGCUACGCUCCCGAGGACGCAUCUCCUCCAGGAGGACCAGCGGGCGUCGGGAACGGCUGCGCACAGAGGAACCAACUUGUGGCUCCAGACCGUCCCCAACGCAGCUGGAAAUGAGAUCAAAGCUGCAGUUUCAUUUCAGAAGGAUGAGAGGAGCCAGUGAUUAGAGUUUUUUUUUUUUUUUUAACCCUCUUCAUUCCUGUUUCGUUACUCCCCCCCCUUUGUCUUUAAAUAUAUUUUUAAAUUUUUUUUCUUUUAAAAAUUACCUAACACCACGUCAGCCCCUUCACUUUGUUUUCCCUGCUUGAAAUAAAAGCCUAGCCUGAACUUCCACAACCUUGGGGAUUCAAGAUCUACUGCUGGAUGAUGGAGAAGGGGACACCAGUGCUGGCAGGGGCCGCUGGCGAGGGACCGCAUCAAGCGUCUCUCCGGUGAUCCCUGCCCUGAUCGCCGAGUUCAGCUAUACCUGGAGAACCUGUACCCAGUGCUGGGGGUGGGGGAGGGGACCCAGUGAAAGCCACCCUGAGCCUAAAAAAAAAAAAAAAAAAAAAAAAAGUAGCUGACCGGGGGCGGAACGGGUUUGUUCUUGACAGCUGACGGAGCCUUGAAAUUUUCCUCCUCUACCUCCGCCCCCUCCCCCGCCCCUGCCCCCCGCACUCCAUUUAACGUGAGAUUAUGAAAUCGCAGAGGCGGUGGAGGGAAGGCGACGGGAUCUAACAGAGAGUUUGGAGGGGCGAGGGGGAAGGUGGCUGGGUGGCUGAAAUCAAAAAUCCAAUUGCGCACUGGGUUGUGAUGAGAAAUCUAAUCAGAUCUUUGACGAAGGGGCCGGCCGGAAGGGUAGCCGGUGGGGGCAGUUGAUCCCUAAAUUCUCCGAAGGGGAAGCUGGGGAAAGGAAUCGAGGAUGUAAAGACAAGACUUUUUUGUUCUUUUUUUCUUUCUUUCUUUCUUUUCUUUUCUUUCUUUUUUUUUUUUCCUUUUCUUUUUCUUUUUUUCUUUUUUUAACCCCCGGAGGAGGUGGCUUUUGGGUGCCUUGCUAAAAUGAAGGAUACGGGACGCAGCUCUCUCUUGGAGCAGAACGCAGAGGAUAAGGUGAUGGUGACAGAGAGAAGAAAGAAUGAAGCUUUUUCUUGUGAGACCUGGAUCGUAACAUAAAUGUGUAUAUGGCCACACGGAGAGCAUUGGGGGGAAAAUGAAAUAAGCUGAUGUCAGACCUGCGGGGUUUGGUGUAUUCUGACAUAAAUAAUCAUAAAAUAGCUGUCCCCCUCCCCCAAGGAUGUUUGGAAAUGAAGAACUGAGGAUCCACAAAGAAAAAGUGUGCUCAUUUUUCUCUGUAAAAGAGAAAGUACGCCAAGGAGAUAUUUUUGGAAUGAAAAGUUUGGGGCUUUUUUUAGAAAAGUAAAGACCUGAUAUAUAUUUUUUUUCUUUUGGAAUUUCCCACAAGAGGAGAGGAAAUUAAUAAUACAUCUGCAAAGAAAUCCCACUGAAGAAAAGUUGACCGUGGAAGAAGGAAGCAUUGAUUGGGAAAGAAAUCAGCAGAGGACCCUUGGAUCGGUGCCCGUGUUGACUAAAAUUGAAGGAUAAUUGCAGUUGGAUUUUUUUUCUUCACCAACCUCCUUUUUUGUGUGUUUUCUUUCUGGUUUUCUUUUGGUGUCAAGACCAUGCAUUCUUUCUUGUUCUUAACCACCUGGAUUUCCCUCGGGAUGUAGCUGUGCUGAAAUACAACCACAAUAAGGACUACUAAGCAUGGAACAUAAGACAAAGAACGUGGAAGGCAAUUGAUGCAAAAUCAACAUAACCAUCACUCAGAAAGACUUUCAGUCAGCUCAGGAAGUUUAAAAGUCCUCAACUUUGUGCCUCUGUCUUCCAGCAACCUUCAUUUGCUUGGUUGGCAAACACGUUGCCUAUUUACUUCAUAGAGACCCCAAUGGAGAACAAGACUGUUUGAACUCCAGAAGGACCAACACCAGAUAAAUUAUGAAUGUUGAACAAGAUGACCUUACAUCCACAGCAGAUAAUGAUAGGUCCUAGGUUUAACAGGGCCCUAUUUGACCCCCUGCUUGUGGUGCUGUUGGCUCUUCAACUUCUUGUGGUGGCUGGUCUGGUUCGGGCUCAAACCUGCCCUUCAGUGUGCUCUUGUAGCAACCAGUUCAGCAAGGUGAUUUGUGUUCGGAAAAACCUUCGUGAAGUUCCGGAUGGCAUCUCCACCAACACAAGGCUGCUGAACCUCCAUGAGAACCAAAUCCAGAUCAUUAAAGUGAACAGCUUCAAGCAUUUGAGGCACUUGGAAAUCCUCCAGUUGAGCAGGAACCAUAUUCGAACCAUUGAAAUCGGGGCCUUCAAUGGUCUGGCCAACCUCAACACCCUGGAACUCUUUGACAAUCGUCUUACUACAAUACCGAAUGGAGCUUUUGUAUAUUUGUCUAAACUGAAGGAGCUCUGGUUGAGGAACAACCCUAUUGAAAGCAUCCCUUCCUAUGCUUUUAACAGAAUCCCUUCUUUGCGCCGCCUGGACUUAGGGGAAUUGAAAAGGCUUUCAUACAUCUCAGAAGGUGCCUUUGAAGGUCUGUCCAACUUGAGGUAUUUGAACCUUGCCAUGUGCAACCUCCGGGAAAUCCCUAACCUCACACCACUCAUCAAACUAGAUGAGCUAGAUCUUUCUGGGAACCAUUUGUCUGCAAUCAGGCCUGGCUCUUUUCAGGGGUUGAUGCACCUUCAAAAACUGUGGAUGAUACAGUCUCAGAUUCAAGUGAUUGAACGGAAUGCCUUUGAUAACCUUCAGUCACUAGUGGAGAUAAACUUGGCACACAACAAUCUAACAUUAUUGCCUCAUGACCUCUUCACACCCUUGCAUCAUCUAGAGAGGAUACAUCUCCAUCACAACCCGUGGAACUGUAACUGUGAUAUCCUGUGGCUCAGCUGGUGGAUAAGAGACAUGGCCCCCUCCAACACAGCUUGUUGUGCCAGGUGUAACACUCCCCCCAACCUGAAAGGGAGGUACAUCGGAGAGCUGGACCAGAAUUACUUUACGUGCUAUGCUCCCGUAAUUGUGGAGCCCCCUGCAGACCUCAAUGUCACUGAAGGCAUGGCAGCUGAGCUGAAAUGUCGGGCAUCUACGUCCCUGACUUCCGUAUCUUGGAUUACUCCAAAUGGAACAGUCAUGACCCACGGGGCAUACAAAGUGCGGAUAGCUGUGCUCAGCGACGGUACUUUAAAUUUUACAAAUGUAACUGUGCAAGACACAGGCAUGUACACAUGUAUGGUGAGUAAUUCUGUUGGCAACACCACUGCUUCUGCCACCUUGAAUGUUACUGCGGCAACCACUACUCCGUUCUCGUACUUUUCAACUGUAACAGUAGAGACUAUGGAACCUUCUCAGGAUGAGGCACGGACCACAGAUAACAAUGUGGGCCCCACUCCAGUGAUUGAUUGGGAGACCACCAAUGUAACCACAUCCCUUACGCCACAGAGCACAAGGUCGACAGAAAAAACAUUCACCAUCCCAGUAACUGACAUCAACAGCGGAAUCCCAGGAAUUGAUGAGGUCAUGAAAACAACUAAAAUCAUUAUUGGGUGUUUUGUGGCCAUCACACUCAUGGCUGCCGUGAUGUUGGUCAUUUUCUACAAGAUGAGGAAACAGCACCAUCGACAAAACCACCAUGCUCCAACAAGGACUGUUGAAAUCAUUAACGUGGAUGAUGAGAUCACUGGGGACACGCCCAUGGAAAGCCACCUGCCCAUGCCUGCGAUUGAGCAUGAGCACCUAAACCACUAUAACUCUUACAAAUCUCCCUUCAACCACACAACAACAGUAAACACAAUAAAUUCAAUACACAGUUCAGUGCAUGAACCGUUAUUGAUCCGAAUGAACUCUAAAGACAAUGUACAAGAGACUCAGAUAUAAAACAUUUACAGUUACAGAAAACAAACAAUCAAAAAACAAAAGACAGUUUAUUAAAAAAAAUGACACAAAUGACUGGGCUAAAUCUACUGUUUCAAAAAAGUGUCUUUACAAAAAAAAACAAAAAGAAAAGAAAUUUAUUUAUUAAAAAUUCUAUUGUGAUCUAAAGCAGACAAAAUUAUGUGUAUUCCUCAGAACCUGUUUUUGCUGCACUUACUAUUUUCCCACACCUCCUCCCUCCCCUCCCCAAUUGCCAUAUUUUUCAUAGAUCUCAACUUCCCCAAAGAACUGGUCUAGGAAAUUUUGUAAGAAUUCUGUUACACUUUGAGAUUUUUAUGGUGAAUUCUAGUGGUGAGAUCCAGUCUAUUUUGUCUCUUUCUCUCUCUCUCUUUUUUUUCAUUUUUUUCCUUUUUCCUUCAUGCCCUUAUGAAAUAGUAAAAUGGGGAAUGCAAUAUUAGAAAUAGAUUUUUAAGAAAGAACGAGGUAAAAAUGCAAGAUCUUAUAUUUUUCAUGUAAUGACCUGUUCUGUAUUUAUGAGGAGGACAUUCUGUGGAGAAAGACAAAAAGUAAGCAAACAACAGAUUAAUUUACAUAUGAGCAUCUAUAAAACCCAUGACUUUUAAAAAGCAAACCUCUAGAAACAGAAUUUGUAGUUCAAAAGCUUAAAAUAAGAUUAUAAAUAAAAUAUUGUUGGUUUUUCUGUACCCGGACAUAGCUCAUUUGUAAUCUGGCUCAAAUGUGAGAAACCUGAAGGUAACUAGAUUCCUUGUUUUCUAAGAAAGAUAACAGUACUCUUUCAAUCACAGCAUUAUUUUCUACAGGUCUCUGCUGUUUUAUUUGACUUAAGUUACACAUCAGCAUUCAAAGAUGCUAAGAUAUUCUUGCCUUCUCAAUAAGACUGCCCCUUGUAAAGCUUUCAGAUGAAAAGUUAACAAUUUACAAACCAAAUGUAAUCCAAGAAGGGAGAAAAUACCAGUAUGAUAUAUUUGCUUCCUUCUAAAGAAAACUCCACAGACCAGAUGAAAUAGUCCCACAAAAGAGGAGUCAUUCUUAAUUGCUCACAGUUGAAAAAGAAUUUUGAGUUCUGCGUGUUAGCAAAUUUGGUUCAAUUCAUUGAAAAUUAUCACAGAGCUAAAAUGAGCUAAAUGGUCACUUGGCUGAUGUGGACCCACAAAUAGCACGGCCUCGUUAUAGCCUGCCCUUGUAUCAUUUCCAGGGAUUAUUCUCACUGUAUUCCUAAGAACUAGCACUCAUUUUUGGCUACUGGGUAAAUAGUAGUGUCCUGGGAGUUCUAAAUUGCAAAAUAUGAAAUUAUUAAAGAAGCUUCCUAACUCAUAGUUUCUCACAUACUUAAAGUGGAGAUACUUUUUCUCCUUUAGAAUACAGACUCCCACUUGAGGUCGAGACACCUUUUGCCUUCAGAAUACAGACUCCCAGGAGGGUAAGAAGUCAUCCCAAUGGAGCAUCAUGGAAUCAUGGGCACAUAUGAACAGGAAACAAGGCCGAUGAAAUCAAUGAUCACUUACAAAAGCUUUCUUUUAAGGAGCUGUGGAAAUUUGAGCUAAGAGGACAGAAAAUAGCUUCCAAAAAGAAAGAAAACACUGGUUGUGAAUGUUUGCAUUUUCUCAAUAUUUUCAUAUACUUUGGGUAUGACCUGUAUCUUUAUGUCUGUGGAAUAAUAUAUGGAUACACACACACACACACAGAGUUUUCUCACCUUCCUUGAAAUUUUUAUUCACCAUCAAACUGAGAAGGCAACCAGCAAAUGACUGAACUGAGGAAAUCACAUCUCCCAGUGGAUGAGAGGCUUGAACACUUACAAGUACUUCUAGACUAGACCUCAUGCCAGUUUUUGUGGUCUUCAUGUGUGAAAAACCAAUUAUUUCUAGCAGUAUAGGUUAGAAAAAUGGGAGGAAGAGUUAACAAAUAGAUGCAAGGACAGAAAAGUCCUUCAGUUACACACCCUUCUGCUUUUUUUUUCUUCUGUAUCCCCUUCUUCCCUUUUUCAAAAACUUAAUUUACAUUUGCUGUUACUGUUCAGUAGACAGGGGCAAAAGGAAAGCAUAUAUUAACUGUCAUUUAUUGUGUAUUGAGUACAUUUAAUACUUCACAUACAUGGCACAGCAUGUGGGAGCAUAUACAUUCAAAGAGACACAUACACUCAUACACAUACACAUUUUGAAUAUAAAACUAGUUCUAGUACAAAGAAGAUGUCACCAAUGAGUGAAGAAGUGGGUCUUGCUGUCUUUACUUAACUCUAUUCCUGGUUUGUGUUUACAAACUUCUGCUUCUUGACUCUUUCAUAUUAAGCUUAUAAUUAUUAUAAUAUUAGACCUAAAAUGGUCCUAAUCAUUGACUACUUGGCAUGGCUAAACAGUUAGACAAAUUGUACUAAAUACAACAAAAUAAAACAAACUACAAACAAACAGACAAACCAAAAUCAUCAAGGAGAAAAUCUAAACUAUGAGAUACAUGCAACCAGAAUAUUACAGUAGCUCAAAUAACACAUUUCAGAAAUAAAAUAAAUUUAUGCAAGGUAUAAAUGAAUCAAAUUGGGUUAUAUAUCAAAUUCAAAUGUUGCACAAGCAUUUAUUACAGCAACUAUAGGAUUAGGAGUGGAGUGCUAUAAAGAAUAUAUAUUUUAAAGGAAGCUGAAGUUGAGUCAAAAUCUCUUCUGGUUAAUGUUAUGUACUUUUUUCUCAUAGGCUUAUGAAUGACUUGGUAUGCUAGAGAAAUAUCCUGAUU